AUGGAAAUAUUUUACCACUUCGAUGGGCUGGCAACCAUUGUCUACACUGAUGCACCAUUGAUAGUUCCUUUGGACAGUCCUCCUCCACAAGCCUUUCUUCGUGUUCAAUUUCCCAACGAUCUCCCUUGUUCAACCAAACUCACCGUCAUUGUAGUCUUGAGCCCCGAAAGAAACCUGACUCGAGUUCGUCGGAUUAUAAAUGGCGAGUUGGCCAAGAAGAACAGGUACCCCUUCAUCGUGUCCAUCCAAGCCAAACUCAGCAACGACCUGCACUCGCUCCUCUUCGGUGGAAUCGAGCACUUCUGCGGUGGGGCUCUAGUCGCCCCGAGGUGGAUUCUCACAGCCGCCCACUGCAUGUACGCCUAUUCCAAAGAUGGCGAGCUGAUCCCCCUUCUGACGCCCAAGUCCUGGCACGUAAGAAUGUCGACAGACAAGCUGAAGCCGUCAACCAUAGAUCGCCUAAAGGGCUUCUUUCAUCGAGCAUUUAACACACUUUUUGGAUACAUUAAACCCCAGACUUUCUACCACAUCGAGAAAUUCGUCCUCCACCCGCACUACGUCGAAGGCUACCUCGAAAACGAUAUCGCCUUGUUGAAGUUGAAGGAGCACGUCCAGGUCCAUCGAAUGAACACCCUAGACGUGAUUAAGCUUCCUGACCCAAAGUUGGUGGGUGAAAUGUGGCCAAAAACGGGACAGGAAUGCACGGCAAUCGGAUGGGGCUGUGCCUGCGCCCACUGCCCGCCGGAAAUGUACAUGAAAACAAUUAAGAUGCCGAUCAUCGACCCCAGGAAGUGCAAGGCCAUGUACAAGGCUCCGAUCAACUUAACAGUGGCCAAGGAGUUUUGUUCUGGAUUCUUCAACCGCAAUUCAGGCAUCUGUCCGGGCGACAGUGGGGGUCCAUUGGUCUGCGACUUCAAUGGAAACCAGCUGCUAGCCGGGGUGGUUUCCGCCACGCACGCCAAAAAACCCGAGAGCUUCCCGGCUGUCUUUACGCGCGUCACCUACUUCAGGGAUUGGAUCUUGGAGACUAUUAAGAACAACUAG